UAGACAUAUAACCUCGAGAUGCCUCCAGGGCUUCAUGCUGGCUCAUCGUCGCAGCAGGCAUAGAGUGGAGAAGCCGCCUAGGGCUCGGCUCCCCUGUCGUCGCUUCGUGAUCUGAAACACCUCCUCCAACGCCUCCACCACCAUUGUGCAAUCCUCCCCUCCCUUCCGUCGCAUACUAGGUGCUGGUGCAUUGCCCUGUACGAUACAUGUCGCGGUGAAGUCGACCUCUGCCUCACUGCCCAGCGCAGAGCCAAUGGCCCACACUAUCCACGUUUGACGCGCCGCCACGAAUUCAUCCCCCGGAUCCCUGGCCUUCAGCCAACCCCUGGCUCAGCAUUGACCUCCUACUAUUCGAUCCGCCGUCCGCGACGACGACCAGUCUCUUCCGCAGACACGCACGGCUCUGAGAGUCUGCACACAUCCGGCUGCCCUCGACUGACGCCGGACGUACGAGAAUGUCUCUCAACGGGCUCGAUAAUGUCGAGGUAACACAGGCCUACCAGGGUGCCCUGGCCGAGGCGGGUGGAUGGUUCCUACUUCGGUACACGUCUAGGGAUUCGGUCGAGGUGCUCACCCGGGGAACGGGUGGAGCAGGAGAGGCGCGCGCCGCCGUGGCCUCGUAUGAAGAAACCUCGCCGCUAUACGGGCUCUUGCUGUACAGGCGGCGCAAGGUCUUGGUCAAAUAUGUUCCAGAGGGAACCUCGCGGCUCCUCCAAGCCCGUGUUGCCGUCCACUUCAUCACCGUGACCGAAAAGUUCGCGCCCUGCGACGUCGUCCUUUCCAUCUCCACGCCCGAGGAGCUUAGCGAUCCCGCCCUUACCUCCGCCUGCACACUGCACACCGCUGCGCCCUCCAGCUCCUCCUCCAGCGGGUCCUCGCGACAGCAGAAGCUCAGUUGGAUCCAGGAGGCGGCCGAAGAGGGAAGCCAGCCUAAUGGAGAAGAAAAGACGUCCGCCAUACCAACUAUACAGGAGCCCGCCACGAGCAAUGAGGAGGAGCCGCUGAGACAAGCCUCGGUGGCAUCUCACACGUCGGAAUCGGUUCCCGUCAUACUGGAGAAGGUCAUCGAAUCCAAAACUGCGCCAGAGAUCUCUCAUGUUACUGUAGAAACGGUGACUGAGGCGCCAACAUCGCCCGAGCCUGAUCUAAUGGAGCUCCAGGAAACCCUGAAGAGUUACGACAAGCUGUUCGAAGGUGGCCCAGAACCGCGACUCUCGUCACAGACGGCGCGACCCAACUACGACGAACUAUACGAACACUACUACGCCGAGUUUACAAAACCAAAAGUCAAGCUAGGACCGAGACCACGCCCGUCGCUGGAUGGUCGAAGACCUUCAACCUCAGGGAACAGCUCGCAAGACGUGGCCAGACCGAAGUCAUCUUUGCCGGCUGGCCUUCGUUCUGCCACGCGAAAGGCCAUGGAGCAGAAAGUGCCAAAGGCGAGGAGUUCGAGCGCCGUCCCCACCAUUGCGAUCCCACCUCCACCUCCCAUUCCAACAACGCCCGAAAUGCCACGUUCUCCCAUUUCACCCGGAUUCCACUCGAGAAGCCCUGCUAGCGUGAGGUCGAUGCCGGUAUCUUCUAGUAGCCACUACAGAUCGAUGGGCAUGCCACAGGAGAAGACGAGGCUAAUGAAGGCGUUGGAAUUGCGCAAGAAGCAACAGAAGGCGCAAAUUGAUCGACAGGUGAAGAAGGAAGAAGAAGCUGCGGUUUUGGCCGAAACACCACUGGCAGAGACCGAUGCUAAAGAGACCAUUAGUGCACCAGCUGAAGCUUCAGCUUCGGAGGUGGCCACAGAGUCUGGAGAAGGCCUGUCCACCACUGAAGACAAAGAGGACUUCAACGCAGACGAAGAGGCUUCGUUUUCUUCUUCGUUGGGCCCCAACAGUGCUGGCCUUGUGUUUGCCGGUAGCCAGACCGACACGGACGAUCUUAACUCGACUGCCUCGGUGUCUUCUCCUAUAUCCGCACAAACGCAAGGAUCUUCUGGUGCGCCUUCCACUCGAGCAUCGUCCAUGUCGGACGCUGAAAACUCUGUUGUCGAAGACCCACCGAAACCUGGAGAGCUCCAGGACACCCAAAACCCAGACCUUGUCGACGAGGAGCAAUCAGUCGAUAGUACUCCUACCGUUGUCCCCGAAUGCAGGACUCCUGUUCCUUCAAUAGAAGUGCCCGGCCAAGAACCGAGACCUGUAGACCAACUAUCCCUAGCUGAUCCGUUUCAAGAGAAUGAGCCAACGAGCCUUGCCAUACCAGUUAAAGAGGAUCACGCACCCUCUCGGCGACGCUCGAAACGAGAGUCUAUGAUUUUCAUGCCCUCCAUCGACGCUUCUCAGCCAGAGGAGGCGCAAGUGAAGCGGCGCAAUCGAGAGUCAGUUCUCAUGCCCGAGUCCAAAAGACAGAGCUGGUACGAGUCCAAAGACAAGCGCAGGGUGAUGCUUGACCAUCUUCACGUCAGUGCAGAGAAUUCGGAGACGGAGUAUCUAUCGGAUGAUUCAUUCAUGGAAGAGUUGCAAAGCGCUACGGUACAAGAAGCUAAGCCUAUGAUGGUAUCCAAAUCACCGAUUACGCCUCUAUUCUCACGGAAGCCGUCUACCAACGAGAUGCCUUCCCCUGCCCGGUCAGCUUCGCAGACGUACGAAGGAGUUGACCGGCUGUCGCCUAAACAGUUACCACGCAAAGCGUCCGGAGUGUGGCCGCCCCGUUCCACCAACGAUACAGCCCCCGCGGCUAAGAAGAUCAAUGUCUCGUCUGGUAUUUCACAGAGGAUCAAAGCCCUCGCCGAAAAGUCCAAUCGGGAGUCGGCGUCAGCUGGGAGUCCUGCUGGUGCUACUCUGGAUACUCCAAGAUCUACCGUUGCCCAACGCAAGUCUUCCUUCUUCGCAACAACGCCAGUAGAGACGUCGCCAACUGGACGGCCGAUCAGUCGUCUUGGAAGCCCCUCAUUUUUGAAUACAUCUCCUGUGACAACGCCCGACGCAAAGCCACAGCCAGUCAAGGCGAACUUGUACAACGUACAGCGAGACGCCGAGAAGCCUGAGUCUGUGCAGGUUACUGCUCGCAUUGUUCGCGAUGAGCGUACAAAGCAGCCUGCGCUAGCCAUGCCGACUGAGAACACACCAUUAGACCUUCACGCAAGCCCCUUGAUCAUCGACCAUCAGAAGCCGACUUGGACACCAAAAAGCCCUACUCGUGGCAGGCCGGAGCCAGUUUCUCCGAAGGCGCCCUCUUCAUCACACUCGCGCGACCAGAGCAACUCGCGGACAUCUUCUGAUAGCACCUGGAAAGCUUUCAGCCGCCGGAUGAGCGAAUCAAAGUCUAUCCACAGCCAGGAGGGUGAUGAUAAGCGAGAGGACAAGAAGGAGAAGAAGGAAUCCCGAACGAGCAAGAUGUUUAAGCGCAUGUCUUCGUCCAUGUCGUCGAUGCCGUGGAAGAACUCGAGCAGCAACCUGAACCUACCUGAGCAUGAUGGCCGCUCUACCUCGCUCGCAUCUCUAAGGGAGCCUCCCUCACCUGUUCAUGUUGGGGACUUGAAUAUCCAGUUCCCGGAUACCUUACUCUGGAAACGCAGAUGGGUCGAAAUCGACACGCUGGGCAACCUCGUCCUCAGUCCUUCAAAGUCCAACGAGAAGGGCAUCGUUAAGCGCUUUCAUCUCAGCGACUUCCGGACACCGUACCCUCCUGAUCAGGAUCGCCAGGAACUACCCAACAGUGUGGUGCUCGAUUUCAUUGAUGGACGCACAUUGCAGUGCGCUUGUGAGACGUAUAUAGCGCAAGCUCAGGUUCUGCAGAUUCUCCGAGAAGCUCACGAUGCCUGGCUUGCGUACAACCAAGCGUUGUAAUCUACCCGUACAAGACUUGAUUUCACUUUGCGAUCGCAACAGCCAUUUUCAUUGCGUCUUCCACACACCCAACCGUGGGCAGCUUCCCUUCUGAUGAUGUACGACUACUACUGCAUUACCUUUCCUUGCGUUGGAUACAAACUGGCUUUGAAGAGCAGGCUUGCUACCACUCUUUGGCAUACUUUACCCUCUUUUUUUU